GGAAACAAAUGCGAUUUGGAAGAAGAACGGAUGGUAUCGCGAGAACAGGGCAUGAUGUUGUCACAAGAAUGGGGUGGGAAGCCGUUCUAUGAAACCUCGGCCAUGUACAAGAUCAAUGUAGAUGAAGUGUUCUUUGACCUCGUUAGACAGAUCAACCGCCAGAUGCCAAGUCGAGAAAAACAAAAGAAGAAGUUGAAAUGUCUUGUCCUGUAAAAAGAAAAAUAUCGAACCAUUCUCCCCGCCCUCACCCUCAGGUUGAACAAUACCAACCGUUUUCUUUUGUCCUCUUCCAUCUUACUACACUACUACUACUACUACCACUAUUGCUACUAAGUACUACGUAUACUUUACCCCGCAAUCCCCUCUUCUUUCUGCUCCUCCAACCAUCUUCAAUUUGCUGUCUUUUCAUCCAUCGCCAUUCCCAAAGAGUAACCUUACUUCUUCCUCUCUCCCGCAACAUUUAUAACCGCAAAGCAACUCACAACGCAUAUUAUAUAUAUAUACUCACAUCGACAAUACCAUAUCCAGUCCUUUUUCCUUACUCUGGCUGUUUCUCUUUCUCGUAUAACAGUGUUGCUAUGCACGCUAUCCAACCAUUUCCAUUCUCACUAUAAUACAUAAGCAUUUUUGUUAAGCAUGAUGCAUCAUUUGUCAAGUGAUCGACAAG